AUGACAAUCGACGAGAAUAACAAAGUUAAUGGCAAUGAAGUGCCUGAAGGAAAAGAAGCACCAACAACAAAAGUCAACACACAAAAUGAUCAAGCAAAAGAUGAUACUUUGAAAACUUCCACUGAGACAAAUUCUACUGCCACGGUAUCUUCGUCUCCCAAUAACAACAAUACUGAUCAUAUUGAGAAUCGAAAGGAAGAAGAGACAUUAUUAAAAACCGUUUUGAACGAAACAGCAACAGCUGAACCAGAAACAUCGGAAGAACCUGAAAAGAAGAAUGGAAAAAAUACAAAAUCAAACAGGAAAAGUUCGUCUAGUCCAAAUAAGCGAUCAAAAUCAUCUUCGCCUACAAAAUCAAAUACUGCAUCGCAAGAGAAAGAUGACUUGAAUCAGACAGAAGCGUCAAGCAAUACUAUUAAAGAAGAGGACGAAAAUAAAGUUGAUUCAGAUUCAACACAACCAGCUGAAGUCGAUACACCACUUUUUGAGCAACCAAUUGUAUUAGAAGGCAAAAGACGUCGAACAGCUACUAUUCGAUUAGAAAUGAACGAACUUACCCCCAAAAAAGAAAUUCAAAUACCAAAAGGAAACGGCAAGCCACUAGGUGAAAUUGAAUAUAUUAAUCAUCAAAUUACGAAUACAAAUGGCGAACAAUUGGUUUCAUUGCAAUAUAUCUGUUUUGGACGAAAAGUGGUUCAUGCCAAUAUGAAAAAAAUACUUCGAACAUUUGCUGGUUUUGAUUUCAAAAAAGGAACUCCCGAAUAUGAUCGAACACUGAGUAGAUUAUUGAAAUAUAAAAAGCCACAAUUGAAAGUAAUUCUUGAUGUUCUUGGAUUGCAACAAAGUGGUAGAAACGAAGAACAAGCCGAAAGAAUAUUGGAUUUUCUUGUUGAACCAUACGACGAAGGAAAACGUGUAGCAAAAAAAAUGUCAAAGCAAAGUUCUGCAUCGAAGAAACGACGAUCUACUGACAGCAGUUUAAAAGUUGCUAGUCGUAAACGUAAUAAUACAGCAACAUCUCAAAUUAUGGAUGAAUCUGAUGCAGAUUCGAAUGAGAAAGACAAUCAUACGGAAGACGAUGACGGUGGUGAUGAAAUGGAAGAAGAAAAAAGUGACACGUACGAGCCAGGCAGAGGUAAAAAGAAAUCGUUGCCAAAAAAGAAAGCAUCUUCGUCACGUGGUGCAAAUACUGUGCCAAAAGAUAAAGGUCAAAAACGUAAACGUGGCUCACCAUCGCCGGCAAAAAAGGAUUUGAAAAAAAUCAAAAGUGAACCAAUCGAAGUAGACGAGAAAAAAGUGGCACGUAUAUCGAAAAACGAUGACAAAUUAACUCGCGUACUAGAACGCAGUGUUUUAAUCGAUAUAAAACAGGAAAAUGAUACAGCAGAUGAAGCGAAAGGACCAAGUGAAGAUUCUCUUCGCUCAACUAUUAAAAAGAUUUUGAAUGGAGUCGAUUUAUCUGGUGUUACAAUGAAAAAUGUUCUUAAAGACGUUUAUUCACAAUAUCCCGAGUUUAAUUUAACAGAACGAAAAGAUUUUAUAAAAAAUAUCGUUAAAGAAAUGGGAUAUUCAGAAGAAGUUGAGCAAUUAUGCGACUCAAAAAAUGAUUUACAAAAUUUAUUGUCACCGAUAUGCCAGUGUCCAAUUUGUUUUCAUGAUAUUUUUGAUGAGAAAGAAGUAUAUAGAGUUAAAAUGUGCAAUUGCAUGUUUUGUAGAGUAUGUGUUAUUCAAUAUUGCACAAAUCAAUUAGAAACAAAUUUAGUACCUAUUUCUUGUCCAGGUGCAAAAUGUAAUGGACUUUUUCUAAUCACGGAGUUAGAACAAGUAUUAAGUGUGAAGCAAAUUCAACUGUACGAAAAACUAAUUCUGAAUAAUGGUAAAUAUAUAAACAAUUUGACAUAUUAUUUUGAAAAUUUUUCAUUCCUUCUUGGUUUUUUACUUUUUGCAGAGGUUGCAUUAGAUCCAAAAAGAUUAUUUUGUCCAGUAAUCAAUUGUGGCCAAAUAUGCACUAUUCCAGACGACAUUGAUAUCACAACAGAAGCUCCUAUUACAUGUACACAAUGCAAGUUUACCUUUUGUAUUAAAUGUCAUGAAAUUUGGCAUCAAGGUCUUCCAUGUCUAGAUGGAGGAAUUCCAUUUGAAUCCGAUCCAGAAGCAAGCAUCAAACGUUGUCCAAGAUGUCAACUUCCUAUUGAACGUUUAGUCGGUUGUGCACAAAUGCUAUGUCGUAGAUGCAAGCACAUCUUCUGCUGGUAUUGUUUAAAGUCUCUUGAUAAUGAUUUUUUCUUACUACAUUACGAACGUGGUUCAUGUCGAAAUCGUCUUGGUCACACUCGAAUAUCUCUUUUUCUUCAUAGAAUAACAAUUGUUGGAAUUUUUGCUGGUCUCAGUGUUUUACUAUUAAUUGCUACGCCAUUUUUAAUAUUAGCUGCACCUUGCAUUAUGUGCUGUCGAUGCAAAGAGGCUAAAAAUCCAUUGACUAACUACAAAAAUUGGAGAAAACGUUUUCGUACAGGAAAUGAUUCUUACACUUUAGAUGAAUUAACAACAUUAGAAAUAGAACAGCCAAUGUCCAUAUCAAAACCAGAAAUAGUGACAUUAACUCCUCAAAUUCACAUCAAUAUAAACAGUGAUCAUCUUCAAAUCUAG